AUGACAUCGGAAUUUUUUUCAAAACUAAGUCAAAAUUACAUUGAAUUAUUAGAUGAUGAUAGUGAAUAUUAUGAUAUUACGAUUGAAGUCGGUGAAGAUCCUAACGUUAAAAUAUUUCGUGCACAUAUGAAUAUAUUAUAUUACCGUUCUCCAUAUUUACGAAGAACUUUAGCUUCAAAUAAAAAAAAUAAUAAUGUCCUAUCUCAUAUUAAAUUACCAAAUAUAUCAUCAGAAAUCUUUCAAAUUAUUUUAAGGUAUAUUUAUGGUGGUAUUCUUUCGUUAGACGAGUUGAAAACUUCAGAUAUUCUUAAAAUUUUAGUAGCUGCAGAUGAACUACUUCUUCAGGAAUUAGUUGGUCAUUUACAAAAUUACUUAAUUUUAAACGAAUCCGAGUGGAUAGAACAACAUUUUGAAUUAACACAUCGAACAAGUUUUAAAUCUAAUAAUUUUUCUGAACUCCAAAAUUAUUGUUUAAAUAUUAUUGCUGAUUCACCAGAAAAAUUAUUUAAUUCAACUGAUUUCACUUCAAUUCCUGAAAAAUUAUUAGUUCCAAUUAUUAAAAGAGAUGAUUUACAAAUGAAAGAAGUUGAAAUUUGGGAACAUGUAUUACAAUGGGGAAUUACACAAAAUCCUACGCUUAAUGCAGAUUCUGAUACUUGGAUGGAUGAUGAUUUCAAUGCGAUGGAAAAUACUUUAAAGAAUUGUAUACCUUUGAUUAGAUUUUAUAGUUUAUCAUCUAAAGAAUUCUUACAUAAAGUAAGUCCUUAUAAAAAACUUUUAAAUCAUCAACUUUAUAAUGAUUUAUUAAACUCUUAUAUGGAUCCUGAUUAUGAAUCAAGUUAUGAUGAUAAUAUUUCACUUCCAAGAAAUAUAAAAACAGAUAUGACUAUUGAUUCAAAAAUUGUUAAUUUAAAUAUUAUUUCAAUUGUUUCAAGAUGGAUUAAUAAAUUGGAUAAUAAUAGUAAAUUUACAUAUUUGAGAGAAUUAUAUUUACCAUACGAAUUUAAGCUUCUGUUAAGAGGAAGUAGAGAUGGAUUUAAACCUAAAGAAUUUCAUGAAUUAUGUGAUCAUAAGAAUAAUACUGUCACUUUUCUUAAAAUAAAAGGAACAGAAGAAAUUGUUGGUGGAUAUAAUCCUUUAACAUGGGAUUCUGUUAGUGGUUGGAUUCAAACUCAAUAUAGUUUUUUAUUUUCUUUUAAAAGUAAGAGUAAUCUUGAAAAUGCAUUCUUAAGUAAUGUAGAAGAUAUAGAUAAAGCAAUAGUUUGCCACAUAGGUGCAGGUCCAUGUUUUGGCGACCUUAAAAUAGGUUCAAAAAUUUCAUUAGAUCCAUCAGGUUCAUUAGCAGCUGGAUUAAAUUUUAAUGUGGUUUACUGUAAACAAAAAUAUUAUGAGAAAAAGAUAAGAGACAGUGAAGAUAAAUUUCUAAUAGAAGAUUAUGAAGUAUUUCAAAUCAUUAAAAAAAAAUAA